GCCCGGUGCGGGCGGCGGCGGUCGCUGUAGGCGGGCGGUUGGGUCGCGGCCGGCCCCGCGGCCAUGAGCGGCGGGCGGGCGGCGGCCUCCUGCCCUCCGCGGGGCUCCGGGCGGCUCCGCGGCCGUGGGGCGCCGGGAAGCCAGGAUAACUUUCAGGGAUGGAUGACAGAGCCACUCAGCCAUUCUGCCAGGGCAGAACAGCUGCAGAAAAAGAGUACUGCGAUACAGAUGAUGAAGCAUGAAAAGGAAGCUGGUGUUCCUUCUAAUGAAUUUGGCUCAGCAAACGCAGUUACUGAGCAGAAAGGGCAAUCUACAGAGGAAAUGAGAAAAGAGUACAUAUACAGAAGUACUGGGGGACCUGAGGAGACAAAUAGGAUUACAUCGCUUGCGACAGAUGAGGAUGCUUCAAGAAAUUGUGAAAUAUAUUUACCUGUGUCUUGUAAUCCUUCAGCAAUGGAGAUAUCUCUGGACAGUGAGGAGGACAUGUAUCGCGAUGCAGAAGAAAUAGAGAGAGAGAAAAUACUACUUGUUUGCAAGACAAGCUCUUCAGAAUAUAAACCAAGUGUUGCACCUGAAAUGGAUAUCAUGGAGUAUUGCAGAAAAGAAUGGAGAGGAAAUACACCAGUAGCGAAAAGGAUGAGAAAAGGAUAUGAAGCAGUUGCUCAGAAAUUUGCAUCAAUAAGGAGAGUACGUGGUGAUAACUAUUGUGCUCUCAGAGCAACUCUCUUCCAGGCACUAAGUCAAGCUACUCAGCUACCAACCUGGCUGCAGAGUGAGGAUUUUACCAAGCUUCCUGAGAACUUGUUGAGCAAAUAUGACUGGAUCAAGCAGUGGCAGCUAAAACAGAAACUAGGCAGGAAGAUGGGAGAAAUAAGUGAUGAAAUAAAAGAAUAUUUAAUGCUACUAAGGAAAAAGUGGAAGUCUAUAAGUGAAAUCAAGGGUCCUAUUGAGAAACAAGAAGCAUGUGAUAAAUUGUUUAAAAAUGAAGAGGAGGAGUACAGUCUGUAUGAAGCUCUGAAAUUUUUGAUGCUUAACACGGCCAUUGAGUUAUACAAUGAUGAUAAAAAUGGAAGGAGAGUUCCUGUUUUCUCAUGGUUACUGUUUGCACGGGAUACAUCCAGCAACCCUUGUCAGUUAAUGCAUAAUCAUUUGAAUCAAAUAGGUCACAGUGGAGGCCUUGAACAAGUGGAAAUGUUUCUCCUUGCUUAUGCUCUGCAGUACACCAUCCAAGUGUAUCGACUGUAUAAGUAUAAUACGGAUGAGUUCAUCACGCUUUAUCCCAAUGACCCAGAGGAGGACUGGCCUGUGGUGACUCUCAUAACUGAAGAUGACAGACAUUAUAAUAUUCCAGUCAGAAUGUGCCAAGAAACUAUGUUAUAAGGAAGAGAUUUUUAGCAGACACACCUGUGGUUAUUGAGGUUUCCAGUGCUGUUUUGAAACAGGAUGAUAAUGAAAUCUGUGUUAUUAAAUCUGCAACAACUUGAAACCCUUGUUUUAGAAGUUUACAUCUGAACUAAAAUAUCAGAUUCCGUUCUAAGAAUAAAUGAGUAAAAAUUUUGGAAGCAUGGCUUGUUACCAAAAAAAAAAAAAAAAAAGUAAAAAUACGGAAACUUC